AUGACUUCGUGGCCGGAGCUGACAGGGACCGACCAACAGCUUCAUGUAAGUGAAGGCUCCCUUUUGAAGAACGGUAACUGCGUUGCUGGUGCUGAAAAGAGCGAUCAACAGGAUAUAUGGGCCUACGAUAUCAAGACGAGUAAAGGUAAUGUAAAAUUCGAUCAGCAGAUGCCUUCAGCCUUAUAUCCUGUAAUGGCUGUGACAGCUGCGACAGCUGCGACAGGGAGCCGAGGCCAUAAUGAUAUCUUCUGCCUGUGCCUUAGUGCCCCAGCCCACAACGAACUCCAGUCCACAAUGAUCUUACAUUUAAAGCUCCUUGAUUCCAAAUCCGCGUACACCCUUGAUAAUGCUUUAAAGUUGACAAAAUUCGCCUUUGUGGUGUAA